CGUGGGGGUCUGGGACUCCGGCCAUUCCUGCCGGUCCGAGUCGAGUCACAACUCUGGUCUCCGGUCCCGGGGUGGCAGAAGCAUGGAAGUCGACGGCCGGUGGCGGAGCCUGCCUAGCGGGCCAAGCCUAAAGCAUUUGACCGACCCUUCGUACGCGAUUCCUCCGGAGCAGCAAAAGGCGGCGUUGCAGGACCUGACGCGGGCGCACGUGGACUCCUUCAACUACGCGGUGCUGGAGGGGCUGAGCCACGCGGUGCAGGCCAUACCUCCCUUUGAAUUUGCUUUCAAAGAUGAGCGCAUCUCUCUUACUAUUGUGGACGCUGUCAUCAGUCCGCCGUCGGUGCCCAAAGGGACCAUCUGCAAAGAGCUCAGUGUUUAUCCAGCCGAGUGCCGGGGCCGGAGGAGCACCUACCGCGGGAAGCUGACGGCCGACAUCAGCUGGGCAGUGAAUGGCGUCCCCAAAGGGAUCAUUAAACAGUUUCUCGGCUAUGUUCCCAUCAUGGUCAAGUCUAAGCUUUGCAACUUGUACAACCUUCCUCCUCAGGCCCUCAUUGAGCACCAUGAGGAGGCAGAGGAAAUGGGAGGUUAUUUUAUAAUCAAUGGCAUUGAAAAAGUCAUCCGAAUGUUGAUUAUGCCUCGGAGAAAUUUCCCCAUCGCGAUGAUAAGACCCAAGUGGAAAGGUAGAGGGCUUGGCUACACUCAUUUCGGGAUUUCAAUGCACUGUGUGAGAGAAGAGCAUUCUGCUGUCAAUAUGAACCUUCACUAUGUGGAGAAUGGCACGGUGAUGUUGAACUUUAUUUACCGGAAAGAGCUGUUUUUCCUUCCUUUGGGAUUUGCGCUUAAGGCUCUUGUGAGCUUUUCCGAUUAUCAGAUUUUCCAGGAGCUCAUCAAAGGCAAAGAGGAAGACUCUUUCUUUAAGAAUUCUGUUUCUCAGAUGUUGAGGAUUGUGAUGGAAGAGGGUUGCUCCACGCAGAAGCAGGUCCUUAACUAUCUGGGUGAACGCUUCAGAGUGAAGCUCAAUCUUCCCGACUGGUACCCGAACGAGGAAGCGGCCAAGUUCCUGUUCAAUGAGUGCAUCUGUAUCCACUUGAAAUCCGAUACUGAGAAGUUUUAUCUGCUUUGUCUUAUGACCCGGAAGCUCUUUGCUUUGGCCAGAGGAGAGUGCAUGGAGGACAACCCUGAUAGUUUAGUGAAUCAAGAAGUCCUUACGCCUGGUCAGCUCUUCCUGAUGUUUCUGAAGGAAAAAAUGGAAAAUUGGCUAGUGUCUAUUAAAAUUGCUUUAGAUAAGAGGGCUCAGAAGACCAACGUAUCCAUAAACAAUGAAAAUUUGCUGAAGAUAUUUAGUAUGGGAUCAGAACUAACAAAACCAUUUGAAUAUCUUCUUGCUACUGGGAAUCUGCGUUCAAAAACAGGUCUCGGCUUCCUGCAAGAUUCUGGCCUGUGUGUUGUGGCUGACAAGCUGAACUUCAUUCGCUAUCUCUCCCACUUCCGCUGUGUGCACAGAGGGGCCGACUUUGCCAAGAUGAGGACCACCACAGUGCGCAGGCUGCUUCCAGAGUCCUGGGGCUUCCUCUGCCCUGUGCACACCCCAGACGGGGCGCCCUGUGGGCUGCUGAACCACCUGACCGCCGUAUGCGAGGUCGUCACGAAGUGUGUGUACACGGCGUCUGUUCCAGCCUUGCUCUGCGGCUUAGGAGUCACUCCUAUCGACGCGGCACCUUGUCGGCCCUACAGUGACUGCUACCCUGUCCUGCUGGAUGGCGUCAUGGUGGGCUGGGUGGACAAGGAGCUUGCUCCUGAUGUUGCAGAUGCUCUCCGUCGCUUUAAGGUGUUGAGAGAAAAAAGAAUUCCUCCUUGGAUGGAGGUGGUCCUGGUCCCCAUGACAGGAAAACCAAGCCUGUACCCAGGGCUGUUCCUCUUCACCACCCCCUGCAGGCUGGUGAGGCCUGUGCAGAACUUAGAACUGGGUAAAGAAGAACUCAUUGGAACUAUGGAACAGCUCUUCAUGAACGUGGCCAUUUUUGAGGAUGAGGUUUUUGCUGGAACUUACACACACCAGGAGCUCUUCCCUCACAGCCUGCUGAGUGUGAUCGCCAACUUCAUUCCCUUCUCCGAUCAUAACCAGAGUCCUCGGAACAUGUACCAGUGCCAGAUGGGUAAACAGACCAUGGGCUUCCCACUGCUCACUUAUCAAGACCGAUCGGAUAAUAAACUCUACCGUCUCCAGACACCUCAAAGCCCGCUAGUGAGACCGUGCAUGUAUGACUAUUAUGACAUGGACAACUAUCCAGUUGGGACAAACGCCAUUGUAGCUGUGAUCUCCUACACUGGCUAUGAUAUGGAAGAUGCCAUGAUUGUGAAUAAGGCUUCUUGGGAACGAGGCUUUGCUCAUGGAAGUGUCUACAAGUCUGAGUUCAUAGACCUCUCUGAAAAAUUUAAGCAAGGGGACGAUAGUCUUGUGUUUGGGGUCAAGCCUGGCGACCCGCGGGUCAUGCAGAAGUUGGACGGUGAUGGAUUGCCAUUCAUAGGGGCAAAGCUGCAGUUUGGUGACCCCUACUACAGCUACCUGAACCUCAACACUGGGGAAGGCUUCGUGGUUUACUAUAAGAGUAAAGAAAACUGUGUUGUGGACAACAUCAAAGUGUGUAGUAACGAUGCGGGCAGUGGGAAGUUCAAGUGUAUCUGUAUUACCAUACGAGUCCCUCGGAAUCCAACGAUUGGAGAUAAGUUUGCCAGCCGUCACGGACAGAAGGGCAUUCUGAGCAGGUUGUGGCCAGCUGAGGACAUGCCUUUUACUGAGAGCGGCAUGGUGCCAGACAUUCUGUUUAACCCGCAUGGCUUUCCCUCCCGCAUGACCAUCGGUAUGUUAAUCGAAAGUAUGGCUGGGAAGUCUGCGGCUCUGCACGGUCUCUGCCAUGACGCCACGCCCUUCGUCUUCUCUGAGGAGAGCUCCGCCUUGGGGUACUUUGGGGAGAUGUUAAAGGCGGCUGGCUACAACUUCUAUGGCACCGAGAGGUUGUACAGCGGCAUUAGCGGGAUGGAGCUGGAAGCAGAUAUUUUCAUCGGUGUGGUUUAUUACCAGCGCUUACGCCACAUGGUGUCAGACAAAUUUCAAGUUAGGACAACUGGCGCCAGGGACAAAGUCACCAACCAGCCUGUCGGGGGAAGAAACGUCCAGGGUGGGAUCCGCUUUGGGGAGAUGGAACGGGAUGCUCUCUUGGCACAUGGUACGUCCUUUCUCCUUCACGAUCGGCUCUUCAACUGCUCUGACCGCUCGGUGGCCCACGUAUGUGUGAAAUGUGGCAGUUUGCUCUCCCCGCUGCUCGAGAAACCUCCUCCGUCGUGGUCUGCAAUGCGCAACAGAAAAUACAACUGCGCUGUCUGUGGCCGCAGUGACACCAUCGACACUGUCUCUGUGCCGUAUGUGUUCCGGUAUUUCGUAGCCGAGUUGGCAGCUAUGAAUAUCAAAGUAAAACUGGAUGUCAUUUAACUCGAUCCCGGCCGUUAGCCUUUCAGGCAGAUGCCUAGCCAGCGCCCAGGGUCCUCCGGCCGUGCAUCAUGUAAUCUGUGCACAUGCACUGUGUGGCGAGCACUGUGCUGGGACCCCUUUAAAGCCGAGCUCCACCCAUUCCUCGCUCUUUCCCACCGCUCCUCCUAGAGGCAAGCAGGCAGACAGGCCUUUGCGCCUCUCCCUUCUCUUCUUUUCUCCUCAACUCGUCCGUCCCCCCUCCCCCAUAAGACCUCCAUGUGAACCCUGACGCAUAGUAUGUCUGUCUGUCUGUCUGUCUGCUCUUGCCCACCUUUUUUUUUUUUUUUUUUUUUAAACAACAUUGGUGACUUGUGACUUGGCAGGCCAUCCUGGUGCUGGCAGUCUGGGGUACACCGGAACCCUGAACCUGUUUCAUCUACGACCCCCUCCUCACAGCACCAGCCACUAUGAUUAUUGAGUCUCCCCUCUUCCAGUCAGCAUAAACACUUCCCUGGACCUGUGGGAACAACCGAUGACCCUCCGGUGCCCCAUGGGGGGGAUGGGGGGAUGGGGGGAGGGCCGGGCAGCACCACCUUCAGGGCUACGCUGGUCCCUUUUGCCAGCCAUCACCUCUGGCCAUUCCCCCAUGAGUGAGGUCUCGUUUCUCGUCUAUGGCACCUACGUGUCCCUUGGCCCCUGCCCUCUGUGUGAUGACUCACUGGGCAGCUUGUUCAUGUCUCAUCUCUCUGACCCAAACAUCCCUCGGGCUUAGCCCUGACCCCUGCUCUGUGUUUGACAAAUCACUAAGCAGCCUAUGCUAUCUCAAUUGAUCCUCGCUUAAUUUCUGGGAUGCUAGAAAUUUUCAAGCCAUUGGAUCUCAGUUUUUUCAUUUUGUUUUUUCUCCUCUGCCCCACCCCCAUGGGGAAUAAGCCUAACAGUAAUAUAAGCCCGACAUCUCCUCUGGAAUGUCUUUAGAAAAACCUUAAACCUCUACGCUUAAUGCCCUGCUUAAAGACUUCUAAACUCAUCUGCCUUUGCACCCAGAAAUGGCCUAAAUAUCACUUAGAUAACCAGUUAAAAUGGCCACCUAAUGUCACUUUAUACCUCAAUAUUUUAUAGGAGCUUUCCAGCUUUUGCCCGCGGAUGGGUAGAUGGAAGGAGUUGCCUUACAUACAAGCUUUCCAUAAAAGAAUUCCAAUAUAUUACCCAAUCUUAUAGUCUCACCUUUCAUGAUACAUAUAUGAUCCUAACUAACAACCUGUUUCCUGAGGAGCACAAGCAAGUUUGAGAACAGGUUAAAAUACAUGCAGACAAAAUUCAUCAAACUAAUGCAGCACGUCCACCUAGGGCCAAGGUGGUCCCCGAUCGGUGGAGACCCACGAUGAGAUUAUAACACCCCAAGAGGUGCUCUAGCUAGAGACCAGUUUACAACCUGGCUCCUGGAGGAUCUCUGUAAGACUGCCCUUAAACCAGUGAACUAUGGAGAAACUCCCAGACUCAAAAAGGAGACUCACAGAACAAAUUUCAGAAUAACUCUUUAUUAUUGCCUGCCCUCAGCAAUGAACCGCCUGUGUCUCCUGGGGGCUAAGGUGUCACUAUGAUGAUGGGAAAGGAACAGGUGCUUUAAGGUUUGGUUAGGUGGAGAUAGAAAAGCUUAAUUGAUGGUAAGGAGAGAAUGAUUUGAGGUGUUCCAGCAGUCUCAAUAACCCAGCGCCCUCAUUGCCCGCCCACUUGCCACCCCUAACUCCUCGCUUUUUUCUAAUAAACAAAAGAGGGGAAUGUUAGCAUUUCAGGCAAAUACUUAGCUAGCACCCAGGGCCUUAGGGUCCUAUGUUACCUAAUCUAUGCACUGUGUGGCUGUGUAAGCCUCUAUUCACAUGCACUAAGACCCCCUUUAAAGGCAAGCUCCGCCCAUUCCUCUUUCCCACUGCCCCUCCCAGAGGCAGGCAGACCUUUGCGUCUCUCCCUUCCAAUCCCUCCUCUCCUUCUCUCAACUCUUGUCUUCCCCCCUCAAUAAACCCUCCUCGUGAGCCCUGUUACAUGGUGUGCCUUUCGGCUCUCGCCUGCUGUUUUUAAUAACACCAGCCAUCUGAGUUAAGAGAUUAGAACAAAAGGUGACUUUAAUCCCGUGAAGAUAUUAUGGGUUCACUCUGAAUCUAUACAAGAAUUUCAAUACUGACGCCAAGAACAGGCAGCUGAGAAUUCAAGACUUCCGUGCCUCCGAAACCUGCUGAAGUUGGUCUGUUACAUUUGUUUAAAAAUGUUCUUAAAUGACUUCUUUACAAUGAUUUGUUGGUCACAGAUCAUGCAGGGACACCUCCUUUCCAGGCCCAGGUUCACUGCUCCCUGCUUUCAGUAGCAGUGUUUGUCAUCAUCCAGAGCAGGACAGUAUAAUAAACAGAAAAUGGAAGCCACAAAUGGAAUUUUUAUUUUUAUAUACAUGUAAAGUUAAGCUAUUUCAUGUAUAUAAUUUAAUGGAUUAUAACAUAGGUAUAGUCUGUGAUAUCAUCAUGGUCAAGGUAAAUAAACAUAUCUUGUCAUCUCCAAAGUUUCCUUGUACACAUUUGGGUGGGUGGUGCAUACGUGCGUGCAUGUAUGCAUGUGUGUGUUGUGUUCUCUUCACAGUUCCAAGUGCAAUUGUCAGCUACAAGCAGCUCUCUAUUUCCCUGACCUUCAGCAAAAGCCAUUCUACUCUGUGUCUGUGAGUUCGGCUUUUUCAGUAACUCAUAGUGGGAUCAUGCAGGCCUGUCCAUGUUUCACUUAGCAUGGUGUCCUCAAGGUUCAGCCAUGUCUUCAAAUUGGCAGGACUUCCUCCACCUUUAAGGCUGAAUGUAUCUGAUUAGUGAGCAGCUGUGGUCCUUUGCUUAUUUUUUUUAACCUUU